AUGACAAGCCAAGCUGACCUACGACGUCCGGAAGACUGCAAUGUCGCCGUCAUCUGCGCACUCCCUUCCGAGUUUGAUGCCGCUAUCUUGGCUUUCGAUAACAUCGGAGAUGUUAAUGGACACACCCGUGGGCCACCGCCUGGGCAAAACGGGCAUCACAUAUUUUGUCGCGUAGGAAGCCAUGAUGUUGUUUUGGUCCUUCUAUCUGGCAUGGGGAAGGUUAACGCGGCAACCGAGACUGCUCGCCUUGGAGCUAUGUAUCCCGGACUUGAACUGGCUGUCUUGACCGGUAUCUGUGGUGGAGUGCCAUACUCAGGAACCGACGAGAUUGUACUUGGAGAUGUUGUUAUUAGUAAGAGCAUCGUGCAGUAUGACCUGGGCCGGCAGUACCCUGGCAAGUUUAGCCGGAAAGACGAUGUCGACCACAACCUUAGCCGACCAAACAAAGAUAUCCGUACUCUGCUCGCCACCUUAGAGACGCAGCAUGGUCUGAGCGGCUUACAGCGCCGCACAGCCCAGGUUCUGGCAGAGGCCCAACAAAUGGCUGUUAGAAGACGAUAUCGAAGCCGUUACAACCGUCCUGCGCCGGAAGAAGACAUUCUCUUCGAGCCAGCCUAUCCACACAGGCAUCAGAAUCAAUCAGACUGUGGCUGUAGCGUAACAACUGCAUGUGAAGGCGCGAUAAGUGCUUCUUGCGAGGAGCUUCAGUGUGAUCUUGGACACCAAGUGUUGAGACAGCGCCUCGAGUCUUCUAGAAAGAGAAAAUUGGGGACAGACAUGCUGACAGCAAGCAUACAAGAAUCUCAAAUACACAUCGGGCGUAUAGGCUCAGGUGACACAGUCAUGAAAUCGGGUGAACAUCGGGACCGAGUCGCUGCCGAGCAUGGUGUGAUAGCCUUUGAGAUGGAGGGGGCGGGGGUCUGGGACGAGAUUCCAUGUAUCAUCGUCAAGGGGGUAUGUGACUACGCCGACAGUCACAAACACAAAAACUGGCAAGACUUUGCGGCUGCGGCCGCGGCCUCGACAACGAAGGCACUCUUGGAACUCUACCCCAGAAAGGAGAGGUUCAGGGCUCACGAUACAGGCUUUCUUGCUUUACGCAACUCGAAUCCGGAACCUGCUGAGCCGUCCGAAAUUUCUAGUCAUUUGAACCAUAAUGAAAUGCAGAGAGAAACCACGAUCACUACAACAAACCAUCGCACCCACUGCAUCAUACCGCUAGCGAAAAACAGACGUUUUGUCGAACGCACUGAAAUGUCUGAUCUCAAGCGGAUGCUGUUCGAUGAACCUUGCCAAACAGCUGCUUUAGUAGGUUUGGGUGGCGUUGGGAAAACACAGAUGGCCGUUAACAUAGCCUACUGGACGAAGGAGAACAGGCCAGAAUACUCCAUCUUCUGGAUCCCGGCUCUCAGUUUCGCCAGCAUUGAACAAGCCUAUACCGACAUCGCGCAAGAGCUUGGUAUCCGUCCUGAAUCCGAAGGCGAUGACAUCAAAACUUGUGUGCGACGAUAUUUAUGCUCAAAGAAGGCUGGCAAUUGGCUCUUGGUGAUAGACAAUGCCGACGACAUGGAAACUCUAUAUGGAUUGUCAGACGGUCAAAGUGGCUUGAUGAAUUAUCUUCCACAAAGUGAAAAUGGCAUUACGCUCUUCACCACACGUUUGAAGGAACUAGCGAUGUCAGUUGCAGACGACGCUUUUGUGGAACUCGAUGCAAUGAAUCAAGACGAAGCCAAGAGCUUACUCAAAAAAUGCGUUCUUCGACCACAACUCCUUCGGGAUGAUGAUUCCGUACUGGAACUACUGGGCUUUCUUACUUACCUCCCUUUGGCCAUUACUCAGGCCUCGGCGUAUCUAAACAGAAACCCGAGCAUGUCAAUCGCAAGGUAUCUUCAAUUACUGCGAGGUACAGAACAGACUCGAACAAGCACACUAAGCCGAGAGUUCCGCGACAGCACCAGGUACCCAAACACUCCGAAUGCAAUCGCAACUACGUGGCAGGUAUCCUUCGAGCAGAUUCGACAAACGGACAGCCAUGCCACUAGCAUAUUAUACUUUAUCUCACGCAUCGAGCCGAAGCUCAUACCAUUUUCGAUCCUACCUCGCUCAGGCUCCGAGGAAGAAACGGAAUACGCAAUCGGCACGUUAACUUCCUACGCAUUUCUAAUAUAUCGAGACGAGACACAGACCUUUGACAUGCAUAGUCUCGUGCAUUUAGCGACGCGUAUUUGGGCGAAGAAGCAGUCCGUUGAAGAACGGGUUACAAAGGAUGCAGUCGAGCAUCUUCACAAGAUAUUUCCAUCCGAUAACCAUGAGAACUGUGCAACUUGGAGGCAAUUUAUACCCCAUGCGCUCAAAGUCUUGCAAGAAGAAGGUGUAAAUGUCGAGUCUGAGGCAAUAUUGGAACUACAUUUACGAGUUGGACGGUGCCUGUUGAAAGACGGGCGAACCAAGGAGGCAAUCGAUCUGCUAAGGCACGUGGUGGAGGUGCGAGAAAGCACGCUCGACGAAGCCCACCACUCACGGCUUUCCUCGCAACAUCUGCUCGCAGGGGCAUACGAAGCCGAUGGACAAGUAAACAACGCCAUAAAGCUGCUGGAACACGUAGUAAAGGUGCGAGAAAGCACGCUGGACGAAGCCGACCCAUCUCGACUUGCCUCGCAGCACGAACUUGCACGCGCAUAUCACUCAGAUAGACGAAUCAGGGAUGCUAUCAAGCUGCUCAGGCACGUAGUCAAGGUGCAAGAAAACACACUCGAUACGAGCCAUCCAGUUCGGCUUGCCUCACAACACGAACUCGCACGCGCACUCGAAGCAGAUGGUCAGGUAAAGGAGGCCAUCAAACUGCUGGAGCAUGUAACGCAGGAGGAAAAAACUACAUUAGGCGAAGGCCACCCAUCUCGACUUGAUUCGCAGCACGAGCUCGCACGCACACUCUCAGCAGACGGUCGAGUAAAAGAAGCCAUUAAGCUACUAGAGUAUGUAAUGGAGAUGCGAAAAAGCACCACACCCAACGAGGCGCAUCCAUCUCGACUUGCCGCACAGCACGAACUUGCGCGAGCAUAUGAAGCGGACGGACGAAGAGAGGAGGCUAUGAACUUGCUAGAGUUCAUAGUGGAAGCCAAAGAAAACACACUGGAAGAGGGUCAUCCGUCUUUGCUUGACUCACAACAAGGACUUGCAUGUGUAUACCGAUCAAACGGACGCAUAAAGGAGGCUAUCAGCAUGCUAGAGUAUGUGAUGAGGAUCAAAAAAGGUUUAUUCAAGGAAAGCCAUCCAUCUCGGCUUGCCUCGCAACACGAACUCGCACGCACACUCUUAGCAGACGGACAAGAAGAAGAGGCUAUUAAGCUGCUGAAACAGAUCGUGGAAAUACCGGAAAGCACACUCGAAAAAAGCCAUCCAUCUCGACUGGCCUCACAGCACGAACUUGCACGUGUUUUUCACUUGAUCGGGCGAAUAGAGGAAGCCAUCAAACUACUAGAGGGUGUAGUAGAAGUCGAGAGCAUACUAGACGAAGGCUCUCUAUCUCGACUAGACUCGCAACAUGAGCUCGCCCGCGCAUAUAAGUCAGGCGGACGAGCAAAAGAAGCUAUUGCACUUCUGGAACAUGUGGUAGGGGUAAAAGAAAACAUGCUGAGCGAAAGCGACCCAUCUCAACUCGCAUCACAACACGUACUCGCAGGGGCAUAUAAGGCAGACGGACGAGUAAAAGAUGCUAUCAAGCUACUGGAGCAUGUGGUGGAAGUGAAGAAAAGAACGCUUGAUGAAAGUGAUCCGGCUCGACUUGCCUCAGAACAUUUGCUUGCAGAAGUAUAUGCAGCAGGCGAGCUAACAAGAGAAACUAUUAGACAGCAAAAUUGA